AUGGCUGCUCAAUCUACCACUGCUCAAUUAUUAGCAAAACACUCUAAUAUCUUCAAAAAAGCCACUGAACAUGAAUUGACUAAACAGUUAUGUAAAGGUACUUUAGCAGACAGAGCCUUAUACAUUUACUUGGCUCAAGAUCUACAAUUUUUUGAAACUGGACUAAGAACCAUUUGUAAAACCACUGCAAAGGCCCCUGAAGUUGACAGUUUAUUAACUUUAGCUAAGAAAAUUGGAUUUUUUGCUAACGAUGAAAACACUUACUUCCGUGAUUGUUUGGAAUUACUAGCACCUGCCAUGACUAAGGAAGAAAUUGAAUUCUAUAACAAUAAUGAAGUUGCCUCAGUUAAACAAUAUAUUGCUUAUUUAAAUAAAUUGACUAAUGACAACUCUAUAGAAUAUCCACAAUUGAUCACUUACUUAUGGGUGGCUGAACAAAUCUAUUUAGAAUGGGCUCAUAAUUUACCAAAGGCUGAAAACCUGCAUUGGAAGUAUCAAACUUGGAUUGAUUUGCAUGAUGGUAAACAUUUCAUAGAUUGGUGUGACUUCUUAAAAGCCGAAGUCGAUAAAUACCCAAUUGAAAAAGUUGAAGAAACUUUUGUAGAAGUUACUAGUUUGGAAUUCGAAUUUUUCGAAUCUUGUUUUAACGCUAAAUAA